CAGUUGCACAUGUAUAAUUCCUUUCUCGAGCUUGGUGGGAUUAUUCCACUUCACAUUCUUGUUCAAAUGCACUCAACCCAGGCUCCGACGUUCCUAUUAUAAAGCGCAGAUGCUCGACCCCGCCAGCAAGGCUGAUGUCGAUAGCACCCAAACUCUCGUAAUGGAGAUGCACGGCCAGAUGGGACACUCCCGUCUCCUCUCCCUCCCUAAAGAGCUUCGUCUCGAGAUCUGGAGAUAUGUACUCACAGAUCCACCCUUUGGCAAACAUGUCCUUUGCAUAUGCCGAGAGACUCCCAGCUCGAGUAGCUCAAGCAAACGCUUCUCCAACUCUCUCUACAAAGGCAGCCGACCAGCACAACCCCAAAUUAAAACAGCCUUCCAAGCCAUCCAGGUCGAACCAAUCAACAUCAAUCUUCUCAGGACGAAUAGGCUCGUCUAUGGAGAGGCACUACCAAUCUUGUACCACUCCGUCAAGUUCUGGCCUCAGGCUCUGGAGGGCAUCUUUCCCGUGUUUCUCGAAAAGCUAUCGCCAUUUGCGCGGACCCAUAUACGCCAUAUCAGAUUGCGUAUCCAAGAGAGCACUUUCGGCAACUUGUUCCCCUGGGCGAUCACUUGUGCUCAAGUCGCCAAGCUGGGUGAUUCCUUGCGUGUAGUCGAAGUUGAAGGUAACUGGCCGCUACCUGGAAGCAAGUGUCAGCAACACAGAUUGUUGUAUCCACUACUCAGGAUCAAGGCCCCAAAGAAAUUCGUUGGCGAUCAUGAUGUUGAGUUUCAACAGAUGAUGACGAAAGCAGCAAAAGAGCUGGAAGCUAAAGCGCUGCUGCGUAGUGCGUUCACUGCUGCAGAUGCUGCAGCGAGGGCGAAACGUGAUGAACCACCGAAUAAAAAGCAACAGUCGCACGAGAUAGUGUUUAGGGUGAAGGCGACACCAUUUGGCUCUCUUUCCGAGGCAGAUGAGGAAGAUGCAACUGAAAACCCGAGGACGAUGUCAGGUAUUCAGAUAACUGAGAAGGAUCUAGAAGAGUGGGACAUGGUCAGCGUCAGAAGUGCAUCCCCUAGCCGGAAACGAGCUCGCAUAGAAAGCAUCUCUGAUGAAGCCAUUGUCGUAGGGGUCGAAGAAGACGAUGCCGACGAGAGUGAGGACUGGGAGUGGAUUGAUAAGUCACAUUAAACUUUCAUGGAUCUAGCGGCUGCAUGUAGCUACACAACCUCUAGUUACCAACAAGGCUUAACCCUAUCUGAGAUCUUAGAAGGGUUAGGCUACUUUCUACCGCAAUGCCAUUUUCAGUAUGAUAACAAC